CGCGCGCACCUGGAGGCGAGGCGAAGGCCAGCUUUCGAGGCUCCGCCUCUUCGCGACCCUGUCCCAGGUUUGCGUUGCAGGUUUCCAGCAGUUCGCGUCCUUCCGCCAGUGACUGGGUCCGAGAUGGCAUCGGAUUCGGGGAACCGUGGGACCGCCUGCACGCUGGAGUUUGCAGUGCAGAUGACCUGUCAGAGCUGCGUGGACGCGGUGCGCAAGUCCCUGCAAGGGGUGGCAGGUAUCCACGGUGUGGAGGUGCAGUUGGAGAACCAGAUAGUCCUGCUGCAGACCACCCUGCCUAGCCAGGAAGUGCAGGCCCUCCUGGAAGGCACUGGGCGGCAGGCGGUGCUCAAGGGCAUGGGCAGUGACUUACUGCAGAAUCUGGGGGCAGCAGUGGCCAUUCUGGGGGGACCUGGCCCUGUGCAGGGGGUGGUACGCUUCCUACAGCUAGCCCCUGAGCGCUGCCUCAUCGAGGGGACCAUUGAUGGCCUGGAGCCUGGGUUGCACGGACUACAUGUCCACCAGUUUGGGGACCUCACGAAGAACUGCAACAGCUGUGGGGACCACUUUAACCCUGAUGGAACGUCUCAUGGGGGCCCGCAGGAUGCUCACCGGCACCGGGGAGACCUGGGGAACGUCCGUGCGGAUGCUGACGGCCGAGCCAACUUCAGGAUAGAGGACGAGCAGCUAAAGAUAUGGGAUGUGAUUGGUCGAAGCCUGGUCAUCGAUGAGGGAGAAGACGACCUGGGCCGGGGUGGCCAUCCCUUAUCCAAGAUCACAGGGAACUCAGGAAAGAGUUUGGCCUGUGGCAUCAUCGCACGCUCCGCUGGCCUCUUCCAGAACUCCAAGCAGAUCUGCUCCUGCGACGGCCUCACCAUCUGGGAGGAGCGAGGCCGGCCCAUUGCUGGCGAGGGGCGAAAGGAGCCGGCCCAGCCCCCUGCCCACCUAUGAGUUUGGCCUCAGCCUCGAGUCUCUUACUGCUCCCAGUGAAAGUGUGCCGUCCACUUCUGGGGGUGAGGAGAGGGAGGCCCCUGUCCGGUCCGAGGAGAACUAGGAUACGGGGUGUGCAGGAGUGGCUGUGAUGCUCCCUUGGCCAAUUAAAGUUUUAUUUUCAUAUGGAA